AUCUGAGCCCUGCUUUCCACACGGUCAAGCCUUUCAGAGGCAGCCAGCCUAUGGCUUGUAUCAAACUCUAUAUUUAGGAAGAACAACUGUGAGCUAUGACAGGAAUUCUCUUUAACACUUUAGCCUUAAAGCGAGUUCCCCUCUAGCCCGAGCCAGGAGCAGCUCUCAGGACCGGAGAGAGACAGAGCACUCCAGCUAUUUCAGCCACAUGAAAAGGACUGGAAUUGAGAUCCCCGCUCAGAGGACACCGGGAGUUCCUUCUACCCUGUUUUUUUGAGUUUUUGCACCUGGCCGCCUGGGACUGUCCUCAGGCAGUAAACCAAUCCAGAGAGCAGGGCUAAGACCUUGUGAAUAUGUCGAAGCAGCCAAUUUCCAACGUCAGAGCCAUCCAGGCGAAUAUCAAUAUUCCAAUGGGAGCCUUUCGUCCAGGAGCUGGGCAGCCUCCCAGAAGGAAAGAGAGUACUCCUGAAACUGAGGAGGGAGCUCCUACCACCUCAGAGGAAAAGAAGCCAAUUCCUGGAAUGAAGAAAUUUCCGGGACCUGUUGUCAACUUGUCUGAGAUCCAAAAUGUUAAAAGUGAACUGAAAUUUGUCCCCAAAGGUGAACAGUAGUCGAAAGGAAGCAAAAGCGUUGACGUGUUUUUCUGAGGGAGAAAACAAUGGGUUGAAAUAAACAACUUCCUGAACAUUUUAUAUAUUUGUAUGAUGAUCACAAACCUCCUGAAUGCCCAAGACUCUAGCAAAAAUAUCCUGUUUGUACAUUUAUAUUUCUUCCUCUUACUUGGUUGCAUUUCUCACUUUAGCUACAUUUUUGGCACCUUGCAGAGCAAAUCAGCACACGAAUUUACCACCUGGGGAGUGUGGUUUUGAGGAGAGAUGUGAUUUUUAUGGAGGGGGUAUGGCAAUGUGCACGCAGUGAUUUUGAUGUUAAGUACUUUAAGUUCCUUCCCACGGUCUUUUGGUCAAUAUUUGAAAUGUCUUCUUCACCUUUUAAAUUAUCUCAAUUAACUUUUUAUGAGUUCAAAUAAAUAUUUGAGUAAAUG